GCGGCUAGACCUAAUCUUGCUAGGGCGGCGCCGGCUUUGGGCUUGAAUUGUGCGGAUUGGGCUUCAAAAACGGUUUCGGGUCGACCGCGGCGUUCGGACGGUCGUCGGGACGAUCGGCCGGACAGUCGGGUCUUGGCCGAGUCGGAACGGUCGGUGGCCGGAUGGUUUCACGGUCGGCCGGCUUGGUCGGGCGGAGAAGAUUUGGCCGAUGGUUUCUCGGCCGGACGUGGGACGUUCUUCCCCGGCUCGGACGGAUGCAUCGGCCGUGGUACGCGAACGGGUUGCGCGGCCGCGAGGCCUUGUUUCCCGGCUCGCGCGCUUUGGUCGUGCGCGGCGUGGCGUGAACGUUUGAAGCUUGGCCGACCGCGGGACAAUGUUUCCCGGGUCGCGUUGCGUGAUCGGCCGAACGGCUUCGACUUUGGCCGAGACUUCAGUCGGACGGAAUACGGCUUUGGCCGAGCGCGGAACAUUCGUUCCUCGGCCAGCCGGACUGCGCGUUCGGGCGCUGAUUCUCGAUAUAGCCGUCUGGAGCAGCCUUCACUCUUUUGGCUAUAA